AUGGGCUCAUCAUUGGAGUAUUUUUCCAAUAAGGUGAAAUACAAUAUCACAAAACUCAAAAUAGAAAUAGCACAUCUAAUAUACAGUCCAGGGUCUGAUAUCAAGAAUAUACAAAAGAAUAAAAAGAAAGGAGAGUUCCUAACAAGCUUGAGAUACGAUCUUAAUCAAGAAGGGAGUAUAGAUGACAAUGGAAGUAAUAAUCAAGUAUAUGAUGAUAGCAUCAAUGAUAUCUUUGAGCCACAAAUUGACGCCAGUGAAAAUGAUGCAUUUCACAAUUUCUCUAGUGUUGUUGAAUCAAAUAAUUUCAUGUCAUUAACAGAAUAUUCAAGAAAUUUUCAAGAUCAUCAAGCUGAAGCAACUGAUUGUGAACAAGGUUCUCCAGAAAAUGACAGUUCCAAUUCAACUGUGAUACAUUUUACACAGGACCCUGAUAAUAAAAGUGAUAAUGCGUUAGGCUCAGAAGAGAAGAAAAUGAAGGACUUAGUAGAUAAUAGAAAGACUUUCUCUAGAGAUUUUUUCAUCGGAUUCAAGAGAAGAAAAUUCCAUUUAGUUAAAAUCGUUCCCUCGCCAAUCAUGGAAAAUAAUUGCGAGACGGAGUCUUCGUCACAGCUCGGCGCUAAUAAUCACGGCGUGUCAAAAACCUUGCCUUCAGCAGCAGUAUCAAGAGUAAAUAACCAAAAAGAUCCCUCUCCAACUCAAUUUUCAAUAUCAAGAGAGGUUUUACACCCAAGAGAGUGCAUAUUAUAUGGAACUAAAGAAGAAGUGAACAAAGAAAAUAAUGAGGAAUUCCGGUCUUCAGAAAAUGAGGGUUCCUUGCAUGCCCCUAGGCUAUCCGUUGGUAUAUACACUAGCCCCAAAAAGAAUUCAGAGGCAGAUGGUAAACAACAUGGACGAAAGGUUUUAGAUGUACUUGACAGUGGAUUUGUAUCCGAAAAAAUAUCUAAAAAAGGUGGAUGCGACGAAAAGAAUACAAAUGGGUCAGACGCUUCAAGAACCACAAACCUCUUCAAAAGGAAGUUGCCUUCCAAACAAAAUAGCUCAGGAAAUUUGGCUAGUAACGUAAUGGCGCUGAGGUCGCUCAAUAGUUUGGAGUAUUGUAAAUCUAUUCCAAGAUCACACUAUAGUACUAAAACUAUCGGAAGUAUGAGAGCUGCUAUGCACCAUGAGCAAAUGUAUGACUAUAGUGAUUUAAUUUCAGGCUACGCUUUUGAUGAAAGCUCAGUUGAGUCGGAGAGAAUUUCUUAA